CACAAAAAUAUAAAAAGCGGUGCCAUCCCUAUAAAAUGUGGACACGACACGAACGCGCGACGCGACGCGAAAUCAAGUAGAUAUAAUAAACAGUGUUAAUACCUAAUUAAGUAAGUUAAUAAUACAAAAAACCUUAAGCAGAACAGUACCACAUGCAAUUAUACUUCAUCUACCUGACACCGCUCAUCAAUUUCUCGUGACACUAUGUCAGCCGCGAGCCGGCUUCCUCCGUAGCCAUGCGCAACGCACGCUAAAGCUCGGUGACGGGUUCGAUUGGCAAUCGGUGAACUGUCCCGCCGGAGUGACAGCGAGGUAGGGGACGCAUGCGUGCAGCAUUUGACGGCGCGCGGCAGUGCGGCCUCGCGGGCGGAGCGUGACGCGCGGCGGCUUGCGAGUCUCGAGCCGCUCGGUCCAGACCCAAGUUCCGCGCUCCGUGAACGGUGUCCGCCGCCGCCCGCUUGUCACGCGGCCUGACCCAGUCGAUCGCUAGCGGUCUUACGCCUAACCGUGCGCAUCCGCUCGCCUCCGACCUCUCCAGGACUCAGGACCCGUCGCGAAUCACUCGAUCGAUUCGAGCACGACACGAGCGGAGCGGUGAAGUGCGCCGCUUCGGCAUUAUGUGAGCUGCGGACGCUCGGUUUUCCUAAUUGAGUUACAUAAGCGAAUCCGUUCGCGCUCGUCGAUCUCGAUCCUAAACAAUAAUAAAUCCGUCGAGUGCCUCCGUCGACCAGCUCUCUUCGGUCCCCUGGCGCAGGGACUAGUGGACUCGUCGACGCCGAGCGAUAGUUUGCUGUUCCGUCACCGUUAUAGGAAGGCAGCAAGCAACGCAACGAAGUGCGGGCAAGAUGUGGCGCUGUUGAGAGGCGACAAAGGCGCAGCGCAAAGUGAUGCCGGGGGGGCGGCGGGGGCUCGUAGCCCCGCAGAACACCUUCCUCGAAAACAUCAUUCGCCGCUCCUCAUCGCAGCCAGACAGCAGUUUUCUGCUGGCCAACGCGCAGAUCGUAGAUUACCCCAUUGUAUACUGCAACGAGACCUUCUGCAAGAUGAGUGGUUACAACCGCGCGGAGGUGAUGCAAAAAUCUUGCCGCUGCGGCUGGAUGCACGGCGAGCUGACGGAGAAAGAGGCGCUCGAACGCGUCGAUCGCGCACUCGACCACCACCUCGCCGACCAGUUCGAGAUCCUGCUCUACAAGAAGAACCGUGAGUGCUUCCGUGUUCUCCGGAUCCGCUCUGCCACUGCAGCCUCACACGUCUCUGCCUGUGCAGGUACGCCGCUGUGGCUACUGGUGCACGUGGCCCCGAUCCGCAACGAGCGCGAGCUCGUCGUGCUUUUUCUGCUCACCUUCCGCGACAUCACCGCACUCAAGCAGCCUAUCGACGCAGACGACCCCAAGGGAGGUCUGUCCAAGUUUGCCAAGCUGGCGCGAUCGGUGACGCGCUCGCGCUCGGUGCUGGUGUCGGCGCUGCCUGCACUGAAGGAGCCGGCGCGGCAGAGCCACCUCGCGCAUGUGAUGUCGCUAUCUGGAGAAGUGCUUCCGCAGUACAGGCAGGAGGCGCCCAAGACGCCCCCGCACAUUCUGCUUCACUACUGCGCCUUCAAGGCCAUCUGGGACUGGAUUAUCCUGUGCCUCACCUUCUACACGGCCAUCAUGGUUCCCUAUAAUGUGGCCUUUAAGAAUAAAACUAGCGAAGAUGUAUCGCUGCUCGUGAUCGACUCGAUCGUGGACGUUGUGUUCUUCAUCGACAUAGUGCUUAACUUUCACACGACGUUCGUGGGGCCGGGUGGUGAAGUGGUCAGUGACCCAAAGGUCAUCAGAAAAAACUACUUCAAAUCAUGGUUUCUCAUCGAUUUGCUAUCUUGCCUACCUUACGAUGUGUUUAACGCGUUCGACCACGACGAGGACGGUAUCGGCAGCCUGUUCAGCGCCCUCAAGGUUGUGCGGCUGCUGCGUUUGGGUCGCGUGGUGCGUAAGCUGGACCGCUACUUGGAGUACGGUGCCGCUAUGCUCAUCCUGUUGCUGUGCUUCUACAUGCUCGUGGCACACUGGCUGGCCUGCGUAUGGUAUAGCAUCGGACGUUCGGACGCCGACUCGGGCCUGCAGUAUUCAUGGUUGUGGAAGCUGGCUAAUGUAACACAGAGUCCGUACUCUUACGUGUGGUCCAAUGAAUCAGACGGGCCCGAACUCGUUAAUGGGCCCUCGCGCAAGACCAUGUACGUGACUGCCCUCUACUUCACCAUGACGUGCAUGACCUCCGUGGGCUUCGGUAACGUGGCCGCCGAGACCGAUAACGAGAAGAUCUUCACCAUCUGCAUGAUGAUCGUGGCAGCGCUACUGUACGCGACAAUAUUCGGGCACGUGACUACCAUCAUUCAGCAGAUGACGUCGGCGACGGCAAAGUACCACGACAUGUUGAACAACGUGAGAGAAUUUAUGAAACUCCACGAGGUGCCCAAGGCACUCAGCGAGCGAGUCAUGGACUACGUCGUCUCUACCUGGGCUAUGACAAAGGGGCUCGACACCGAUAAGGUGCUGAACUACUGCCCGAAGGACAUGAAGGCAGACAUCUGCGUGCAUCUCAAUCGCAAGGUCUUCAACGAGCAUCCGGCUUUUCGGCUGGCGUCGGACGGCUGUCUGCGUGCGCUCGCCAUGCAUUUCCAUAUGUCGCACUCGGCGCCGGGCGACUUGCUCUACCACACGGGCGAGUCUAUUGAUUCACUUUGCUUUAUCGUGACCGGCAGCCUAGAGGUGAUCCAGGACGACGAGGUCGUGGCCAUCCUUGGCAAAGGCGACGUGUUCGGCGACUCUUUUUGGAAGGACAGUGCCGUCGGCCAGUCGGCGGCCAACGUACGUGCGCUCACUUAUUGCGACUUGCACACCAUCAAGCGCGAUCGCCUGCUCGAAGUGCUCGACUUCUACCAAGCCUUCGCCAACAGCUUCGCGCGCAACCUCACGCUCACCUACAAUCUACGACACCGCCUCAUCUUCCGCAAGGUGGCUGACGUGCGUCGCGAGCGCGAGCUUAUGGAGCGCCGUAAGCGCGAGCCGCACCUCGAACAGGCACAGGACCACCUCGUGCGCAAGAUUUUCUCGCGUUUCCGCCGCGAGCGAAGCGUAGCCGCCGCGCCAGCUCGUCCCGCCGCGCCGUCGAUUGCCCCGGCCGACAGCGAUUCGGAACCCGCACCGGCCGUAAGUGGAGCAAGUGCGACUUCGUUGGCAGAAGGCAGUUGCGUAACCUCGGGAGCCACCGGAGAGGGUACAGUCGCGGGGUCGGUGGCGACUACGGGAAGCACAGUUGCAGGUACGGCGGCUGCCCGCGGAAAGUGGGGACGACUGCUGGCGGGCGGUGCCCACUCGCUUGAAGGGGGCGACCCGCCACGGGCGGCUUUUACGCGUUCCCUCAGCGCGCGGGAUAACGCUAGCCCCGCUGCCGCCACGUCCUCUACGACAUCUCUCACCAGCGUGACGCUGAAGAGUGCGUUCGGACGAGGGCGCGCAAGUAGCGUGUUGACUGGAACCACCCGUCGUGACCCUAUCGACGAGGAGGCGCCGGUUCCACCCGCCGCCGUCGGCACUGCAUCCGCGACAGCGGCCACUACAACUGUUGCGACGACAAUGGCGCCGGCGACGGCCACGGCGAGCGCUGCGGCAGUGAGUCACGAAGCUGCAUUAGCAGAACUGCGACGAGACGUUCGCAACGAAGUGCAACGGUUACAGCACAAGCUGGCGCGCGUGGAGGAGCUGCUGACUCUGCUCGCCUCUCGUCUCGGCGCCGAUCCCCACGAGGUGCCCUCUGGCCCCUCCGACGGACCCGAUCGCCCCGACUCCGCCGUCGCCAGGAAACGACGCUCCAAGGCACGCAGCAAAGGAGCGGCACCGCAGGCGCCCUCGUCGAGCACCCCGACGACGCCCACGGAGGCUCCCGGGCACUCGGGAGAGACCCCGGGCUCGGCUACUCUCCGCCGGCGCGAGUUCGUGUAGCGCGGCGCGGCGGGCGGCCGCCCCCGCUAGCCGCUCGCUCCCCGUGAACUUCGACACUGUACAGUAGAACAUAGACUCGCGUGUAGGGCCCGGUGAUGGGGCGACACGUCUUCUAGGCCGAGGCCGGAAGUGCGCGACACGCAAUAUUGUAAGAUAGUAUCGCGAGAAAGUGUAUAAAAUAAUGUUUAAGCCGCUUAACUUUGUGAGACGUUUUAAAUGUAGUUUUGAGAAGCAAUAUAAUUAGUAUAUACCAAAUGAAUCGUUCUUCGUACACUAGAGACUUACAACCGACCAAGUAUUUUCUUAUCGGCCAGAGGUUAUUUUAAAGUUUCUCUUUGUAAAUAUUGUACGGCAGAAGCCGUCUGUUAAGCUAUUUAAUAUUUUCUACUGCACUCGCCACACGCUAAUGUCGAAUUUCCGAUACUUUAUAUCGAGACGUCCGCGUCGUCGUAGGCUCACCUGUGAUGCAAUAGUGCUUUCGUUCCACGACAGGGGUACUCCGUGUACACUUAUAGGUUUACCUAUUUAGUUAGUCGAGUGUUAAAAUAUUCCUAACACAUAUCUCGAGCGUUAUUCGAGUAUAUCGUAAACGGGGCCGUCUAGUCUGGGACCGGCCGGGCCCGUUUCUACUGCCUUUCGAAAACGGUGAUAUGCUUAGUCAAUUAUUUAAGAUUAUAACGACGCCAAGUCAAUGGGUUAUUUUAUUGUGAGCUUUCUCUUUCCUCCUGUUCUCCAACGUUUCAACUCAUAACUAUGUCUAGGCGGACGACGCUUUCGCUACAAUUACUCUCUAAUACUCUCACGCCACAUAAACAAUCCCGGGUUCGGCGGAGUCUAGCGCCACCGCUGAACUCGAUCGAGCCCGGCGCUCCCGUCUAGACAUACUUAUAACGAAGAUUUCGGAGCUGCGCGGCGGAGACGGCGUCUCCGGACAUGUAUUAUGAAAUAAUGAUCGUUUAUGU